UUAUCGGCAGCAGAUAGACCCCGCGGGCACGACGACGCAGCAGGACGAAAGCUCGAGAGCUGCUCGUCGAGGCGAGGAGGAGGAGAUCGAGAAAAGAGGCAGAGGGCGAGGCUUUCGAUCAGUGGGUGUUAGAUCGAUCGAGCAAGAGAUGGAGUCCGUGGCGGCGUGCAGGAGUGUGCAGGUUGUGGAUGGAGUGAGGUCGAUGGCGAUGAGCGCGACCAAGGUCGGGAAUGUGGCUGCGACGCCGUGCAGUGCGUUUUUUGGGAAUGCCGGCGUUUUGGAGAGGAGGAAUGGCGGAGUGAGGAUGCACCAGCAACGGAGGAGGCGGGUCGUCGUCGAGGCCAAGAUUCGCGAGAUUUUCAUGCCCGCCUUGAGUUCUACUAUGACCGAGGGCAAGAUUGUGUCGUGGGUGAAGUCCGAGGGCGAUAAGCUGAACAAGGGAGAAAGUGUCGUCGUCGUCGAGUCGGACAAGGCUGAUAUGGACGUCGAGACUUUCUACGAUGGUUAUUUGGCUUGCAUCGUCGUCGGUGAGGGUGAGGUUGCACCCGUCGGUGCUGCCAUUGGCUUGCUCGCCGAAAGCGAGGAGGAAAUUGCCGAAGCCAAGGCCAAGGGAUCCAAGGGAGGUGCCCCUGCCACCCCUGCUCCUGCUCCUGCUCCUGCUCCCCCAUCGCCUGUCGAGCAAGCCGCCGUCGCCCCAGCCCCUCCUGCGCCUGCCACUCCUCCCCCAGUCGUCUCCGUCCCAUCCCCAGUCGUCGUCUCUGCUCACCCCGCAGCUGAGGGUGGCAGGGUAGUCGCUACACCUUACGCAAAGAAGCUCGCUAAGCAGUACAAGGUUGAUUUGGCUACGAUUGCAGGGUCGGGUCCUCUUGGAAGAAUUGUUGCAGGAGAUGUGGAGGCUGCUGCUGGCAAGGCACCUGCUAUUGCUGCAGCUCCGGCUGCCGCUGUAGCAGCACCGCAGGCCGCUCCCGCAGCUGCCCCCGCCAAGUCCGCCCCUGCUCCGUCCCCCGCACAAACCAUUGUACCGGGUACUACAGUUCCUUUCACUGCAAUGCAGAAUGGUGUCUCACGAAACAUGGUUGAAAGUCUCAAUGUGCCUACUUUCCGAGUUGGGUACACGAUCACAACCACGGCGCUAGAUGCUCUGUACAAGAAGAUCAAGUCUAAGGGAGUGACCAUGACCGCUCUUCUGGCAAAGGCAGCUGCGCUGGCUCUUGCCAAACACCCGGUUGUGAAUGCUUCUUGCAAGGACGGAAAGAGCUUCACGUACAACAGCAACAUAAAUAUUGCUGUUGCAGUUGCCAUGGAUGGAGGUCUUCUAACUCCUGUACUCCAGAAUGCUGACCAGGUCGACAUCUACACUCUGUCCAGAAAGUGGAAGGAACUCGUUGACAAGGCCCGCGCAAAGCAGCUCACACCUGCUGAGUAUAACACAGGAACUUUCACUCUCUCUAACCUUGGCAUGUUCGGAGUAGACCGAUUCGACGCCAUUCUUCCACCUAACACUGGUGCAAUCAUGGCUGUUGGUGCUUCUCAACCAACAGUUGUAGCAACGAAGGACGGCUUAUUUGGUGUGAAGAACCAGAUGCAGGUCAAUGUGACUGCCGAUCACAGAAUUAUAUACGGAGGAGAUCUGGCCGAGUUUUUACAAACUUUUGCCGCCAUUAUCGAAGACCCAAAGGACCUCACUUUGUGAGCUACCUCUGAUUGUUAGGGCCAUCGGUCACUCUGUACUUUAAACCCAAUCUAGCCCUCUAAAGACACUCCAGCUAGAUAUGUUUAAACUAGGGGGUGACGGAUGUUUUCUUUUGUCUCUCUGCGAUUUUUUCUGGAACAAUGAAGCUGUCUGAAGCAGCUAGUUGGGGGAAUAUAGAGCAAAACGUCCGGGGUAGUUUGGCUGCGUAUAUUUAGGGUUUGUAAUGACCAUAGUCAAGAGCUCCAGAGACCACCAUUCAACAUCCGGAGAGGAUGAAAUUACGCGACGCGGAAGCUUCCACUUGAGAGAUUGAUUCCUUAUUCAACAGCCUGUUAUUGAUCCUGUUAUUCAGACCUAUUUACACAAUUAAUAAAGAGGCUGCAUUCGACGACUUUUU